CUGGAACUUUUUACUCACGACUCACACCUUGACACAUGUACUGUGAUUCAAACUUCUCUCCGAAGUCCCAAUCGCACCAAACUAGACAAAAUGGCACCGAAUCUGGUCGCUGCAAUUGACCUAGCCACUUACACGAAACCGACCCAAGGCCUUGAUGUUCAAGCAUUGUCCUUUAUCGGCAAUGUAUUCGUACGAGUCACCGACGAGACCAUCGACCAGGCCCUCGCCCACCUGAAGCAAUCUGUAGGCCGAUUUGCCAACUACCUAGACGUUGCUUCCAUCACAUCCAUUGACGACAUCGUCUCCCUCCUCGACGCCGGCGCCGCCAAGGUCUUCGUUACUCGCCAGCAAUUGGACGAGCUCAAGAACUUGAAGAUCGACCAGGACAGGAUAGUCCUGUGCUUGCCAGGAAACACAAAGGAAGAGAUCAUCGAAGCCAUCUCAGACCGACCGAAUGUCUUCGUCUCAUUCAAGAACCCAGACAUUGAGAGCGCCCUACGCCUCUCAAAACUCAACGCGAUACCCAUCAUCUCUGCCGAAAACCUCACAGUCGACCCCUCGAAGCAGACGAGUGCACUGAGCGUCGCGAAGCUCUUCAUGGCCAACGCAACGAGCGACCGAUCCGACGGCCUUUUCACAACUCUCGUCACCGAUGAGCGAGGAAUUGCUCUCGGACUUGUAUACAGCAGCGAAGAGAGCGUCGCAGAAAGCCUGAGGACCGGUCGCGGUGUGUACCAGAGCCGAAAGCGAGGGCUAUGGUACAAGGGCGAAAGCAGUGGGGAUAUCCAAGAGUUGGUAUCAUUAGCGCUGGACUGCGACAGCGACUGCUUGCAGUUUGUAGUGCGACAAAAGGGCAGAGGGUUCUGCCACCUUGCAACUCCCACCUGCUUCGGCGAGUAUACCGGCUUGUCAAAACUCCAGAAGACACUCCAAAGCCGAAAAGCUUCAGCGCCCGAAGGCUCAUAUACUGCACGCCUCUUCAAUGACUCACAACUCUUGAGAGCCAAGAUACUGGAAGAAGCCACUGAGCUCUGCGACGCAAACACUAAAGAAGAAGUCGCGUUCGAGGCUGCCGAUCUUUUCUACUUUGCGCUGACAAAGUGCGUUGCAUCUGGUGUAACAUUGGAGGAUGUUGAGCGCAACCUUGACGCUAAGAGCAUCAAGGUCAAGAGGCGACAGGGUGAUGCGAAGCCAGCUUUUGCCGCGCAAGCAGCAGCAGCGACGAACGGUGCAACGAACGGUACAACGAACGGACCGACUAAAGAAGAGGUCAAGGAAGCUGCUUCAGUACCCAAGAGCAAGGAUGAUCCCGCCGGUAUGAAGGAUGGUCGCAUUGCCAUGAAGCGCUACGUGACCGCAAACGAGACGUCCGAGACUGUCAACGCUGCGCUACAACGACCAUCUCAACGCUCGACCCAAAAGAUUUUAGAUAUAUGUCUGCCGAUCAUCGAGGCAGUCAAGACUCGAGGAGAUGCCGCAUUGCUAGAGUACACGCACAAGUUCGAAAAAGCUACAUCACUGACAUCGCCUGUACUGAGAGCACCAUUCCCUCCAGAACUUAUGCAAAUAUCGCCUGAGACAGCCAAAGCUAUCGACGUAUCUUUUGAAAACAUUAGAAAAUUCCACGCUGCGCAGAAAGAGGACAAGCCGUUAAGAGUAGAGACUAUGCCUGGCAUCGUAUGCUCACGAUUUGCUCGACCAAUCGAAAGGGUCGGUCUGUAUGUGCCUGGAGGAACCGCUGUGCUUCCGUCUACCGCGCUCAUGCUUGGUGUGCCUGCCAUGGUUGCUGGCUGCAAGAAGAUCGUUCUCGCAACACCACCGCGGGCCAACGGUCAAGUAACUCCGGAGGUUGUCUACUGUGCCCACAAGGUCGGUGCAGAGUCUAUUGUCCUUGCUGGUGGCGCACAAGCUGUCGCAGCAAUGGCCUACGGUACUGAAAGCGUUACCAAAGUCGACAAGAUCCUCGGCCCCGGAAAUCAGUUUGUCACGGCAGCGAAGAUGCAUGUUUCCAACGACACGAACGCUGGUGUAAGCAUCGAUAUGCCUGCGGGACCGAGCGAGGUACUCGUCAUCGCGGAUGCAAAUGCCAACCCUGCCUUUGUCGCAUCUGACCUUCUCAGUCAAGCUGAGCAUGGUGUUGAUUCUCAGGUCAUUUUGAUUGCAGUCGGGAUGAACGAGGCGCAGCUUGACGCAGUCGAAGACGAGCUCCAUAAGCAAGCUACUGCUCUGCCACGAGUAGAUAUUGUUCGUGGAGCAAUCGAACACUCUUUCACACUUGCGGUGAACACGAUGGAGGAGGCUAUGCAGCUAAGCAACCAGUAUGCGCCUGAGCAUCUUAUCUUGCAAGUCGACGAAGCAGAAAAGGUAGCCGAAAUGGUGGAGAACGCUGGAAGUGUCUUCAUCGGUGAAUGGACCCCUGAAAGUGUUGGCGAUUACUCUGCUGGUGUUAACCACUCUCUACCAACAUAUGGAUAUGCCAAGCAAUAUUCGGGCGUCAAUCUGGCGUCUUAUGUUAAGCACAUUACUAGCUCCCAUCUUACUAGGCAAGGACUUGAAAAUGUUGGACCUGCUGUGAUGGAACUUGCGCGCGUUGAAGAAUUGGAGGCUCAUCGAAGGGCUGUCAGUCUACGAUUGGGCGUAGCGUAAAUGUCAUCGAAACGCAACCUGAUACCCUUUCAUCAUCACAAAGUUCUAGCAUAGACCCAUGCAGUUAGGUAUGAUUCAAUAAAAUGAUCAAUUGGAAGAUGGAGUUUACCAUCUUAGCAAAGUAGAUAUAUAUACGGUAGAAUUUCAUCCCAUCUCCUACAAGAAACAAACACCUCUUUCAAGCACCAAAUUGUCUGUCUUAAGCUGAUAGAUCUAAUCGGAUGCCCUCGUUCCCACCCUGUGCAUUUAAGCAAGAGCGGAGCAGAGACCGUUGUAAGACUCCUUGGCCUGGAAGC